CAGCAGCCCUUACCUCGUUGACUUACUUUAACACUUGUCAGUUCACUAAUGGCGUGUCUUCCGGCGACUCAUAAUAAAACGUCAAAAUGGCUAAGAAAAAAGGAGACGAAAAAGUAAACCAAACUCCUCACAGUGAUAAUGAAGAGCAAAAUUUUGAUGAAGAGCCCAAUUUUGAUGACCCGGAAGGAUUUGUCGAUGAUGUCUCUGAUGAAGAGUUGUUAGCGGACCUCUUAGAACAGAAGCCUAAGGAAUCUGACGGCUACGAAAAUGUAGUCGUAGUGGACGGGUGCCCGCAGGUCGGCCCGGAACGUUUGGAGAAGCUGCAAAGUGUUAUUAACAAAAUAUUUAGCAAGUUUGGGACAAUUGUGAAUGAGUAUUAUCCGACUACUGAAACCGGAGUUACGACGGGAUACAUUUUUCUCGAAUAUAGUAACCCGCAAAACGCGGCGGAGGCCGUGCAAGCCACAAAUAAUUGUAAAUUAGAUAAGCAGCACACAUUUUUAGUAAACCUUUUUACAGAUUUUAAAAAAUAUGAAGAAAUACCACAAGAAUGGGAGCCUCCUGCACCACAGCCAUUCAAGGUGCAGUCAGAUCUGCAAUGGUACCUCAUGGACCCUGAUGCCUACGAUCAGUUUCUGGUGGGCAUUGGCACUGGGGUGGCCCUGCAGGUGUGGCAGAACGCUCUGCCCGAACCCACCUUGCUACAGGAGAGACCUAACUGGACGGAGACGUACGCGGUGUGGUCGCCGCUGGGCACGUACCUGGCCACGUUCCACUGGCGCGGCGUGGCGCUGUGGGCCGGGCCCAAGUUCACGCAGUUCCAGAAGUUCUACCACCCCGAGGCGCGCUUCAUCUCCUUCUCGCCUUGCGAGAACUACAUCGUCACCUUCUCGCCCACCGGCGACCGCGGCGACGACAAGAAGCUCAUCAUCUGGGACAUCAGGACCGGGCAGGAGAAGCGCAGCUUCCCACCGCCCGACGAGUACGUGACGUGGCCCAUCUUCCGCUGGAGCAAGGACGACCGCUUCUUCGCGCGGCUCGGCGCAGACGUGCUGUCCGUGUACGAGACGCCCGGCUUCGGGCUGCUGGACAAGAAGUCCAUCCGCAUCCCCGGCAUCCGCGACUUCUGCUGGUCGCCGAGCGACAACGUGCUGGCCUACUGGGUGGCCGAGGAGAAGGACGUGCCGGCGCGCGUCACGCUGCUGGAGCUGCCCAACCGCGCCGAGAUCCGCUCCAAGAACCUCUUCGUCGACCGCUACUCGAAGCUCAAGAAGGACAAGAACGAGCUCAAGUACUCGGGCAUGUACUACAACUUCGAGAUCUUCCACAUGCGCGAGAAGGAGAUCCCCGUGGACAGCGUGGAGAUCAAGGAGCCGAUCCAGGCGUUCGCGUGGGAGCCGGUGGGCAGCAAGUUCGCGAUCAUCCACGGCGACCAGGCCAACAUGCAGGUGUCGUUCUACCGCGUCAACACGGGCCAGGCGCCGUCGCUGCUCAAGAAGCUGGCGGGCUCCUUCAACCACGUGUUCUGGUCGCCGCAGGGCCAGUUCGUGGUGCUGGCCAACUUCGGGCUCACGGGCGGCGCGCUCGAGUUCCUCGACACCAACGACUUCACCAUCAUGAACGUGGCCGACCACUACCAGAUGUCUGGCAUCGAGUGGGACCCGACGGGGCGCUACGUGGUGACGGGCGUGUCCUCGCUCAAGUGUAAGAUGGACUGCGGCUACUACAUCUGGUCCUUCCAGGGCAAAAUUCUGCGCAGGGUGAUGAAGGAAGGGUUCGCGCAGUUCCACUGGCGGCCGCGGCCGCCGACGCCGCUGUCGGAGAAGCAGCAGAAGGACAUCAAGAAGAACCUGAAGAAGUACUACCCGCAAUUCGAGUCGAAGGACCGCAUGCGCAGCACGAAGGCGAGCAAAGAGCUGGUGGCGAAGCGCACGGAGCAGAUGAAGAAGUACCGCGAGUACCGGCAGGCGCGCGCCGCCGACUGGGCCGCGCAGAAGAGCCGCCGCCUGGCGCUGCGCGACUACGUGGACACGGACGCGCCGCCCGCCGCCGCCGCCGCCGCCGCCGCCGACGCGUCCGACGCCGCCGCCAACGACGUCGAGGAGCUCGUCGAGUUCUUCGUCAAGGAGGAGACCACCGUCAUCGACUAGCCUCCCCUCCGCGCAAUAAACGCUCCGAACGGCCC